UGAGCCUCCCUCGGAGGCCGGAAGACCCUCGGCGUCGCCUGGGUGCCACGCAGUGUGCGUUCCCCGUGUCUCGGGCCCCUCGGGUGCGACCCUGGGGUUCCGGUCCGGUCUGCGCGUGCGACUUGGUUUUCUUUCCGUGAAGGCUCAGCCUCCUAGGGAGCUGGCGUCCGCACUCCAGCUGUGACUUCGCGGAUUAGUGACUGUCACUCUUCCUAUAUCUUUAAAAGCGAGGCCUUGGUUACAGGCUCUGCUGUCAUGAAGGUGAAAAUUAAGUGUUGGAAUGGUGUGGCCACUUGGCUCUGGGUAGCCAAUGAUGAGAACUGCGGCAUCUGCAGGAUGGCGUUUAAUGGCUGCUGUCCAGACUGUAAGGUGCCUGGUGACGACUGUCCCCUCGUGUGGGGACAGUGCUCCCACUGUUUCCACAUGCACUGCAUCCUCAAGUGGCUGAACGCGCAGCAGGUGCAGCAGCACUGCCCCAUGUGUCGCCAGGAGUGGAAGUUCAAGGAGUGAGCCUGUGCUGCCACUUCCCUUUCCAGUGCUGUGCCAGGCUCAGCCCCUCCCC